GAGGAGGAGGAGGAAGCCGCCGGGCCUCAGGCACUGGGAACCUGUUACUUUUUCCGUCUCCCCACAAGGGCUGAUUCGAAUGCUUCUGGGUCACAUGGGCAGACCCAAGACUGCUGCAAAUGCAGCUGUGUGGUCUGAAUGGCUGCAGCCCAGAUUCCUGUCCCUUAGAGAACUGAGGGUUUCUGUGCCCGCCUGGCUGCGCCCAGAGCAGGGAAGGAGUGCCGGCAGCAGAGAGGAGGCCCGGGCUCCAGCAAGCCGCCAGGGAGCCGGAGUCCAGCACAGAGCUGGUGACACCCGAGAUGGGCACCCACAACAUGUCCUGGAUCCGGUACCCGAGCCAGGUGUCCCCGGCCGUGGAGGACGUCAUCGCCUCCCAGAGCGUCGUGGCCAGGUGCACCCAGGUCUACGUGGCUCUGUUUGUUCCGCUAAGCCUGGCCACUGGGCUCUUCAACCUGGCCACCUUGAUCCGGGAUCGCACCAGCCCGGGGGCCCCGAGCCUGCUCCUCCUGGGCCUCACGGUCACCAGUCUUCUGCUGACACUGUUGUCCCUGAGCGCCGCCGGCAGGCCCGACUACCUGCUCACCACCAACCUGGGCUGUGGAGUCCUCUCCUUCCUCUCCAACCUCUGCUACUUCAACGGCCAGUACCUGCAGGCAGCCAUGUGCGUCCUGUUCCUAAGGCCUGGCUCCUCGUCCUGCCUGCGCGUGGGGGGCCAGGGCGCCCGCAGGCCUGCACUGGGCCUGGCCGCCGUCCUAGGCUGUGCCUUCUGCAGCUCUCUGGUGCUGGUGGCCCUGCUGGGCACAUCGGGGGAGCUCCAUGACAGCACCUUGUGCCAGCUGGACCCACUGACGGCCUGGCCCGAGUACGAGAUCAUGAAGUUCAGCCUGGGCUUGGGGCUCGGGCUCGUCCUGCAGCUGGGGUGCUGUGUCCUGCAGGCCAUCCCAGCGGCCAGGCAGGCCACUCCGCCCCGCAGGGACGCGGCCUCUGCCUGGCCGGUCCUGCCAGCUCUUGCCCUGAACAUGCUUGUCUGCAGGCUGCUCUACAACGCCGCGCUGCUGCGCCGGGCCGGGCUGAAGCUGCAGGGGGACAUCGGCUCCCCCAGGGACGAGCUCCUCAUGAACCUGGCGGAGCUGCUCCUGGGUGGCGAGAGCUGUGCCAGCUCCCUGGCCACCCUGACCCUGCACCGGCCCUGCAGGCUGGCCCUGCUGCGCGUGCUGGAGCGGCUCACUCGCAGGUGCAGGCGACGAGGGGCUGAGGCCCAGGGCCCACCUGCCGGGCACAGCCACACUGCCAAGCGACAGAGUCCUUCUGGAGUUGCGGAGACGCCAGCCCUCGGCUAA